AUGCCUGGUUCUCCUGCGUCUUCCUGGGCCCUCUACCGCCAGCGCCUGCACGCCGCCUUCCAAGGCGCUGAUCCGCGUGUCUGCGCCGCCUUCUGGUUGUUUGGCCUAAUCAACAACGUUCUCUACGUAAUCAUCCUCUCGGCCGCCCUCGACCUCGUAGGCCCAGACGUGCCCAAGGGCGUGGUGCUCCUCGCCGACGUGCUGCCCUCGUUUGUGACCAAGCUAUGCGCCCCCUACUUCAUACACAAGAUGCCCUACCAUGUGCGCAUCCUCGCCUUUGUCGCCCUGUCGGCCGGCGGCAUGCUCAUCAUUGCCCUCACCCCGCCCCGCCAAGACUCUGCGACCAUUGCCAUCAAGAUGGUGGGCGUCAUGCUGGCCAGUCUCAGCAGCGGCGCCGGCGAGCUUAGCUUCCUGGGCCUGACGCAUUUCUACGGACACUUUGCACUUGCUUCUUGGGGAUCGGGCACGGGAGGCGCGGGCCUGAUUGGCGCCGGCGCAUACGCCGUCGCGACAAACACGCUACGCAUUGAUCCUCGAACAAGCCUGUUGGUCUUUUCCUUUUUGCCCUUGGUCAUGGUCGUCAGCUUCUUCGUCGUCCUGCCGCUCGGCCCACUUCGCGCUGGCACCAAGGAGCACGCCGACUAUGAGGCCAUCGAUGACGAAGAGCCAAGUGACGGCGACGAAGAAGAAGAAGCAACCGAGUCGAGGGAACACGACGAUCUGCUGUCGUCCUCGAUGCACUCGGCCUCGGGCCGCACCUUCAGCUCCGCCAACACUAAGCCUGCUAACCGUGCGCUGAGUAGCUUGCAGGCGAAACUCCAUCGGGCAAGAGGCCUAGUCCUCCCCUAUAUGCUGCCGCUUUUCCUCGUCUACGUUGCCGAGUACACAAUCAACCAAGGCGUCGCGCCCACGCUGCUCUUCCCCCUCGAGUCUUCCCCCUUUGAUGAGUACCGCUCCUUUUACAGCACCUACAAUGCCAUUUAUCAAGUCGGUGUCUUCAUCUCGCGCUCCUCUACGCCCUUUAUACGCAUCCACCAUCUCUACCUUCCCUCUUUCCUUCAAGUCGGCAAUCUGAUUCUGCUUACACUGCACGCCAUGUUUGCAUUCAUCCCGAGCUACUAUAUCGUGUGCAUCAUUAUAUUCUGGGAAGGCCUACUGGGCGGCCUCGUCUACGUAAGCACGUUUGCUGAGAUAACUGACAAUGUACCAAAAGAGGACCGCGAGUUUAGCCUGGGCGCGACAAGUGUAAGUGACUCGGCAGGUAUUUGCAUUGCGGGCUUUUUGGGCAUGGCGGUCGAAGUGAGCCUGUGCCGCUGGCAAGUAGACCAUGGUAGGAAUUACUGUAAGCUACAAUAG